UAUAGACAUCGGUGGCAAAGGUUGUUUUAAUUUCCUGUGCAAAAACUGCUGUGCAACUGGAACUGAUCUUGAUUUCAGUUCUGUGAAUUGCACAACACAAUUAACAUUUAUUGCUGUUCGUUGGUAGCAAUAACUAGCUUUUAGUGGAACGAAAAGGUGUCACAAGUGUUGAUAAAAUUUACUUUUAAUUGUGGCCGGAGGAAAGUUGUGGUUGGAAUUAUUAUAUAGAAACUUUACAUAGCCGACAUCAAUAAUUAUACUAAGUGAUUCCCCGAAUCACGAUUCAGAAAAAGUUGAAUUAAAGAUGCGGUCUUGCUGGCUUCCCCAGAUCUUCACGAUCCUUUUGGUGCACUUGGUGCAUGCCAAUCCUACUCCAACCCAUCCCAAAGUGGCCACCGAGUUCAUCAUCCUGCACAAUAAUGAUAUGCACGCCCGAUUCGAGCAGACGAGUGUGAAUAGUGGCACUUGCUCUCCGGAGGAUGCAAAUUCGAAUAAAUGCUAUGGAGGAUUCGCGAGGGUGGCCUACGAGGUUCGGAAGUAUCGAAAGGAGGCGAAGGAGGGUGGAACUUCCGUACUGUAUCUAAAUGCUGGUGACACCUACACCGGAACCGCUUGGUUUACUAUCUUUAAGGACAAGAUCGCCAGUGCUUUCCUCAACAAAUUACAACCCGAUGCUGUGUCCCUGGGCAACCACGAAUUUGAUGAAAAAGUCGAGGGUCUGAUACCCUUCCUUAACGAGGUCAACUUCCCUGUAUUGGCCUGCAACCUCGAUCUGAGCCAGGUUCCCCAACUGAAGGCCACCAAGCACCUGGCCCACUCCGCCAUUCUGGAGGCCAAUGGCACGAGGAUAGGAAUCAUUGGUUACUUGACCCCAGACACCAAAAAACUUACUGUUGUUAACGGUGUUGAGUUCAACGAAGAGGUGGAGUCCAUCAAUGCUGAGGCCAAGAAAUUAAAAGCCCAGGGCAUCAAAAUCAUCAUUGCCUUGGGUCAUUCGGGUUAUUUGAAGGACCGCGAGAUAGCCCAGAACUGUCCGGAUGUGGACAUCGUGAUUGGUGGUCAUACGAACACCUUCCUCCACUCCGGCGCCCAGCCGGAUGCAGAAGGCAUCGAAGGACCCUAUCCGACGAUGGUCAAACAAAGGAGUGGCAAGGAGGUUCCGGUGGUGCAGGCCUAUGCCUAUACUAAAUACCUGGGAAAACUUCAUGUGCAGUUUGAUGCCGAAGGCAACCUCAUUAAAUGGGAUGGUGCUCCCAUCCUGCUAAACGCCUCAGUGGGUCAGGAGCAGGAUCUCCUGGAUCUGCUGGAGGUCUACCGUCCGAAUGUCACUAGUCUGGAGAAGUCGGUCGUUGGGCACUCCAAGGUUUAUCUGGAGGGACGCAAGACGGUUUGCCGGGCAGAGGAGUGUAACCUGGGCAACCUGGUGGCCGAUGCCAUGGUGUUCAGUCGGCUUACGGAGGAGCAGGGUGGUGAUUUCUGGACGGAUGCUGCCAUUUGCUUAAUGCAGGGAGGAGGCAUUCGUAGCUCCAUUGAGAAGCGAUCAGAUGGCUCCAUCACCGAAAACGACCUCCUCUCCGUUCUGCCCUGGGGAAAUGCUCUCUUUAUGGUGCCCAUGACGGGAAAGUCUCUGCGACGAGCUCUGGAGCACGGAGCCUCCUUGAGGGGCAAGGACUCGGACGGCGGCUUCCUGCAGGUGUCCGGCAUCCAUGUGGUCCUCAAUCCCAGCAAGCCAGAGGGUCACCGUGUGGUCUCCGUGCAGGUUCGAUGUGCCGCCUGCCAAGUUCCCACCUACAGCGAUCUGAAUGAUACCGCCGUCUACAACGUUGUUGUGGGAGAGUUCUUGUUGGGCGGUGGCGAUGGUCAUAUAAUCAAAGAUCCAGCCCACCACCCACAGCGCAUGAAGAAUAACGAUAGGGAAGCGGUUCUCCAAUAUCUGAAGCAACGGGAGUAUGUUUAUCCCGAGAUCGAGGGUCGCAUCGUUUUGAUCAAUUCAGCCAGUGGACUAAUGGGCUCGGCAGUUCUGCUGGUUAUCUCCUCCCUCCUGAUUAAAAGCACAGAUCUGAAUUUUUUUUUAUUACUUACCUUACACAUUUGGCUAUACUUUUUGAAUUUAAGAGAAAUGUUUAAGCAGCGGACUGUUGACCUUUUGUUGAUCCUGACUUUUCUGGACUGGAUCAGUGGAUUCAAGUUGACCCUACUACACACCAAUGACAUGCACUCGUGGUAUGACCCCAUUUCGAUAAAACGUGGAAAAUGCAAGUCUGGCGACGAUGAGAAGGGACUCUGCUUCGGGGGAUUUGGACGCGUGGCCAGUGUGGUUGAGGAAGCCAGGAGGUCGGGAACUGCUCCUGUUCUUUAUCUAAACGGCGGCGAUUCUUUCCAGGGUACUCCUUGGUUUUCGGUUUAUCGUGGCAAGAUGGUGGCCCAAAUGCUAAAUAUGUUGGCUCCCGAUGCCAUGACCCUGGGAGUUCACGAGCUCGAUGAUGGAACUGCUGCCCUGGCCGAAUUUUUAGAUAUUAUUAAUUUCCCGGUGGUCAGUUGCAAUAUAAACUUGAAGAGGGAACCCAAACUUGCGGAGAAAAAUAAACUAGUGAAAUCUACGGUUAUAAAGAAGGGUAAUCGUAGGAUCGGCAUUGUGGGUUAUAUAAGAACGGAUACCAAGGAGCGUACUCAGCCCAACAACGUGAUAUACAAGCAAGAGGUGUCCGCUAUAAACAUAGAGACCAAGAAGCUGCUGGAACUGGGAAUCAAUAUAAUCAUUGCCUUGGGUCAUUCGGGCUAUGAAAAGGAUAGGGAGAUUGCCAAGCGUUGUCCAGAUGUGGACGUAGUAGUGGGUGGUCAGUCGCACACUUUUCUGUACACCGGCAAAGCUCCGAGUAAUGAUGUUCCAGAAGGUCCCUAUCCUACAAUAGUGGUCAAGCCUGAUGGUCGGAGGGUUCCUGUUGUCCAGGCCUACGCUUAUACCAAAUAUAUGGGAAACCUUUCGCUAGAAUUCGACAAAGGUGGUAAUCUGCUGAGUUUCAAGGGAAAACCCAUUUUAUUGGACAACCACUUUCAGCCCAGAAAAGAUGUGCAGAAUUUUCUGGCUAAGUAUCGCGAGGUGAUCGACGAUAUGGAGCGCCAUGUGGUGGGCACAACCUCGGUCUAUUUGAAUGGCGAUAGAAAAAGCUGCGGCUUUGGGGAGUGCAACUUUGGUAACUUAAUUGCAGAUAGCUUUGUUUAUGCCCGGGUGCUGGAAACCAUGACGGACAGAAGUUCCUGGACAGAUGCCCCCAUAGGGAUCAUUAAUGCAGGAGCCAUUAGAGCAUCCAUCGAUCCCGGGGAAACGGGAGUCAUCACCGAGGCUGAUGUGGUGAGUGUACUUCCGUUUAGCCACGAUAUGUUCUACACUCGGAUCAGUGGCAACCAGCUGAUGAAGGCGUUGGAGCACUCGGCCCAAUUGCGGAGCAAGCAGGUGACCGGUGCCUUCCUUCAGGUUUCGGGACUUCGGCUCAAGUUCAACCACAGUCGACCGAACGGCGAAAGGAUCACCGAGAUCAAGGCCCUGUGCUCCGCCUGCCAGAUUCCCCACUACGAGAACGUUGAGACCGAUAAAUAUUACGGCGUGAUACUCACCUCCUUUCUGUUGAACGGCGGCGAGGGAUACAGUUUCAUCGAUACCAAGCGCCCGGAAGUCCAAAAUCUGACCAUCCUUGACCGCAUGGCGCUCAUCCGAUAUCUGCAGGAGCACAAGGUCGUCUAUCCGGAACGGGAGGACCGCCAAAUGCCGCAGGAGAAGCACCUGUCCAACUCGAGUUGCAACUUGCUGAUUGAACCCCUCCUGCUACUCACCUUUUUGUACUUUCGUCACCGUGUCUUCGAGUAAAUGCGAAAUGGAAA